AUGCUACCAAUUCAGGCAUCAGCUGAGAUCAAUCCCGACUUCCCUAAAGAUGCCAAAGAGAUUAUCAAAAUUCAAUUGAGACCCAAUAUCCAUUGGUCCAUGUCAAUGAAUCUGUUACCACCGGUUAGUACAAGCCAGAUGGCAUUAGAGUUGAUGCAGCAUUUUCAACAAAACAUGGCAGGGAAGCUUGCCUGGGUGGAUAGCCCAAAGAAUCCCUGGCGCCAGGUUAUAAUACCUCUUGCGCAUGUGUCAUCGACAGUCCUCUAUGCCGUGCUGUCUCUCUCUUCCGAGGAUCUUUCGUAUCACUAUACGCAGGAUCAUCCCCGACAUACGCACUUGCAGCAUAUUUCACAUCAAUAUCGAAAUGAGGCCUUGGCUUUGCUGGCAAAGCGGAUAAGUUCUUUGAGAGAGAAUGAGAUCUCACAUGCUGGAAGUUAUGAUUCAAAUGAGAUCCGAUACGCGCUUGCCUCGAUGCUCAUACUAUACAACGUUGAGCUUCUCGGCGCGGAACCUAUCAAGUGGCGAAUGCAUCUACAGGCAGCUCGAGUGAUGCUCCAAUGGAGAGAGCAGACUUCAUCUCGCGCGACUUCACUCGACGAAAUCGACACUUUCCUUGUCUACGAACACUACUACGCCAGUGUGUUUGCUGGUCUCACAACAUUCGAUACGGCGGAUGAGCUCCCCGGCGAUCGAUUUGAACACUUCGACGAUAUAACCAUGUUCAGCGACUUCGUACGCGUCAUUCACCGAGUGACACAAAUCGAACGAGUCGCAUAUGACAGAAGAACCAAUGUCGAACCGAGCCAGAUCCAAGAUAUCAUUUUUGAAGUGGAAGCUGCACGGCAGAGAAUGGCACACCUAGGCCAGAAAUUACAUCUUCAGAACUACCAUGUCCAACAAGACUUCCAGCAUCUGGUCUACAUCUUUUAUCAUGCUAGUCUGAUAUACACAUACCGGGUAUUGAGAAAUGACUCUGCCACCGACCCCAUCGCUCAAGCCUCCCGCGACUCGAUUCUGAAUCAUUUAUACUCCCUCUCGAACAAGGAAACAUUUGCCCAUGAUGUUGUCUGGCCACUGUUCAUUCUAGGCACAGAAGGCAAAGGACAUCCGGAGUUGCAAGAGAUUGUCUCUCGUGAGAUGGAAGCUGUCAUGAAAAUUAGCGGUGCACUCGAUCGACGCAAGGUGUUGUUCUUCCUUCAGCAAUAUUGGUCACUUGAUCUGGAUCCUGGUGCCAACUGGAUGUAUCUUAUGAGAGAGAUGAUACCGGGUAAUAGUAUGUUGAUUUUGUGA